AUGACAGAUAAAGACGCCACUUUUCCCAUGUUUUCCAGAGGAACGCUACCGUGGCGGGCGGUUGAGAUGCGGGUGAAGGAGCGACGCGACCGGAAGGAGAAGUCUCGCAAUUUCUCCAUAGUCUCCCAGGUCUUCGAGAACAACAUAAAGAAGGAAGACCCACCAAAGUUAAAGAGGAAUAACUCCAAUCGUAGUUCGUACAAGCUCUCGGAGAGCAAGCCGCGGGGGACGGUGGCGGUGGACAAUUUCUGGGAGUACGUGAAGGAACACACCGCCAGCCGGACGGAACUCACCCAGCAAUUUAAGGACCUGGUCAUCGGACUGUGUCAUCCAUGUGAAACGGCAAAAAAGGCUCAAAACGUGAGGAAGAACCGCUACAAGGAAAUUUUUGCAUACGACCACACGCGCGUGAAGCUCGAGGAACUUCCGGGAGACGACGGAAAUGACUACAUCAACGCUUCCUACAUCUCUGGAUACAACAAACCUCACAUGUACAUCGCAGCGCAAGGUCCAACAGAAGAGUUCGUGUCUGACUUUUGGCGAAUGAUCUGGCAGAAACAGUGUCGCAAAAUCGUCAUGCUUACUAGACUCGUGGAACAUAACAAGGUGAAAUGUUGUCAAUACUGGCCGGACGAGGGUCGGAAGCAGUAUGGCGGGGUUACAGUGGAAGCCAGGGACGCAGACACAUUCUCAGACUAUACAGUCCGCACAUUCGUCAUAUCAACAGAGAAGGGCGAAAGCCGAGUGGUGAAACAUUUCCAGUUCGAGGCUUGGUCCGACCGCCACGUGCCCGAGUACGCCUCAUCAGUGCUCCAUUUCCGCGGCUGCGUGCAGGCGCACGACUCCAAGGACAACGUUCCAACAGUCGUACACUGCAGCGCGGGUAUCGGCCGGUCUGGAACGUACCUGGCGUUAGAUUACCUGGCGGAACAGGCGGACGUCGAGGGUUACGUUAACGUAUUCCAGUGCGUCCAGAACUUACGUCACCAGCGCGUCAACAUGGUCCAAAACCUGGAGCAGUACAUGUUCCUGCACGAGGCUCUUGCAGAGGCUCUGUUUUGCCCCAACGCGGCACUUCCGGCCGACAGGUUUGCCGCCUCCUACCAGAGAGCCCUCGAAGCGCCCGCGGGAGGCAAGCAGCCCAGGCUAGAGCUAGAGUUCCAGCGUCUGCAACACGUGACGAAGUUCCACGAAAGUAUGAAGCCGAGCUUCUACGAGGGCGAAGAGUACAGGGCUGCACGAGCCUUCGAGAACACACAGAAAAACAGGACCAGAAAUAUACUCCCUAGUGACCUCCACCGGCCGUUCCUGACCACGCGGGUCGCCGACACCAACGACUACAUCAACGCCGUCUUCCUCCCGUCGUACCGGGAGAGCAAGAGCUUCCUGUUGACCCAGAAUCCCCUGGCGGACACGAUCAUUGACUUCUGGCGGAUGGUGUAUGAGAAUAACGUCUGCACUAUCGUCAACAUGGACACAAUCAGCAGACAGUACGAGGUCUACUGGCCGUCGGAGAGCGAGACGGUAACGUUCAUCCCGUUCCAACUACAUUUCGUCACUGAGGUAGAUCACGUGACGCAUAUCGAGAGGACUAUCAAGCUCACGAACGCCGAAGAGCCAAAGGAGAAAGCCCGGUUGAUCAAGCAGUACGAGUGUCGGUUCUGGAUGUCCGAGUCGCACGUUCCUGUAGGGGCGGAGUCCAGCCUGCUCGCUGUAUGUGACCAUGCCGCAAAGUGGCAGACCGCAAACGGAAACCCGCCCAUUGUCGCGCACUGUCAAAAUGGAGCUACCAAGAGUGGUUUGUUUUGUGUUGUCAUGGCAACUGUAGAGCGCGUGAAGCAAGAACGUGACGUCGCUCUACAGCAGACGGUAAAACAGAUGCGCAUCAACAGACAUCAGAUCAUACCCACCUUCGAGCAGUACAAGUUUAUCCACGACGUCGUCAUUGACUUUCUUCGGGCGACGGAACUGCUGCCAACGUAA